AUGGUCGCUGUUAAACCGCCCCCCUCAGCCGACACAAGGCUCGCGGUGCCGAGCUUUACUCCUCCCGGACGACCUCAGUUUAAUUCCCAACUUACAUCGGAUCGAUUGCGAGAGGGCUCUAGCUUCGUCUGUCCACCAUUCAAGAUGGGCGGUUGUAUCAGAAAAGGCAGGAGAUCUGUUUUCAAAGAAGUCGGCCUAGAAUAUGAUAUAGCCUAUCUCUCGCCAUCUGUCUCCCCCGCCCUAUCAGGCAAAGGCCGCCAUGUAUCAUUCAUGACACCGGACAAGGAAAAGGACUUUGUUGACAUCGCCGGUGCCGAAUCUGAGCCCGAAUCGCAAGAACAGCAAGAACAGGAGAGUGAUCAAAAUGACAAUCCCAGCAUCGAAAAAGGAUCGCAAAAUCGCCCCCAAUCUCCUACACAACAACCCACAUUACCCUCAAAGCCGUGGUACGCCAGGCUGGCCAACUCGAAAGGUCGUCCGAGGGUAAGAAGCACAUCGGGGGCACCGCCUGGAACUAUAUCUGGCCUACAACGUUUUACCCUUUUGGCAAUGCUCAUCGCUGUUGUGUUCCCAGCGUUCGGUUGGCAUAACGGAAGACACACGGUAGAAAUCAGCGGUGCGGAUGCGGGACUCGUUACAACGCGGGAGCAGAGCCCUACCGAUGUCUGUGCCAGAUGGGCUUUCCAGUCUGCGCUCUUGAAUGGCACUCUCUACUUGUAUGGCGGACGGGCUAAAACGGACGGAGACCAAGAAAACAAUACCUGGAACAACUACUUUAUCACACUCGAUCUUACAAAUGACUGGGAUAUUGGAUCUUCUGCCCUCAAGGGACUCGAGCAGCCAGAUGGCCCUCCCGCGGUUUCCAUGGGCUACCUCUGGCACGACUACAACAACCUCUACCUCUACGGCGGACAGUUCUCUGACUCUCCCUUUGUCGAUCCUGGGCCAGAGUCCGUGUGGAAGUACUCCAUAAAAGACAGCACGUGGACCGAAUUCCAAGACCCCAAGACCUCUGCCGGCAACGAAUCUGACCCAGCUGACCUUGCCGUCCACCGUGCCGCGGAAGGCGCCGGUCUCUCAGUCCCAGAGCUCGGGUUGAGUUGGUACUUUGGCGGGCACCUCGACUGGUCGACAACACCCGGUUGGUCCCAGGAUAUCGAUCGUGUGUACCUCAAGAGUCUUCUCGAGUUCACACACCCGGGAUACGUCAACUCGGGCGUCGAAAAGCUCUCCAGUGGUACUGGCGCUGGGGAUCAGGGCGCUUUCCGGAACAUCACCAAAGGCGGCAUCCAGGCGGGCAGAUUCCCAGAGCGGGCAGAUGGCACACUCGUAUUUAUCCCUGGAUGGGGGGAUAUGGGCGUUCUUAUCGGACUUGCGGGCGGUACGGCAGAUAAUUUCACCGACGACCUCACGACGCUUGACGUCUACGACAUUGCGAACUCGGAGUGGUUCCACCAGGAGACGUCCGGCAAUCCGCCCAGUGUUCGCGUCAACCCAUGUACCGUCGUGGCCAGCGCCCCUGACGCCUCGAGCUUUCAGAUUUACAUGUUCGGCGGUCAGGAUUUGCCAUUUGGAAAUCAAACACAGUAUGAUGACAUGUAUAUCCUGACCAUUCCCUCAUUCACCUGGAUUAAGGUCGAUCAGAGCGGUCAGAAUACGCCAGCCCCUCGCGCCGGGCACUCAUGCGUAAUGCAGGACGGUCAGAUGAUCGUUAUAGGCGGCGUCGGCAGGAACAUUGUGUGCGAUGACUCGGCCAUGUACGUCUUCGAUACGUCGAUGCUUCAAUGGCGGGAUAGGUUCAGCGCCGGGGAUCACGAGGCCGACUGGCACGCCGAAAACGUCGUCCUCGCCGGAUCGUUCGGGUACAGUGUUCCCGGAGCCGUUCAGGGGGUCAUAGGCGGGAACCAAAACGGCGCCGCCACGGCGACUACUCCGGCUGCGGGGCCGGCGACGGGUGGGCCGUUUGCCACGGGGAAGUCGCCCGUGUUUACCAUCACGCAGCUCGGGCCCACGGCAACUAUCACGUCUAUUCCCAACCCUACUGGGAAAUCUAGUGAGGAAUCUGAUGAUGAUACUAGCGAGUCGAGCCCCAGACUCGUCGCCGCUGGAGUCGUCGCUGGCAUCGCUGGUGCCCUCGCCCUGUACCUCGGCUGGUGCGCCUGGCUGUACCGCCGUCAAGUCCGCGCCUACAAGCACCACCUCGCCGUCACAAACCGCUUUUCCGGAGCCUCCUCCGCCGGAUCUUUCGGUCAUUCUUCUUCACACCCCAACCGGCCGUCCUCGCAGCAGAGCUUCUUUGGCUGGGUGGGCAGUGACCGCGGAGUCGCGGAGCCCAAGUGGCGCGGUGAAGAGUACGACAACCCCAGCGGCGGCAGCUCUAGCGCCGCCGGCCUGGUGAGGCACAGCGAGGAUACGCGGCCAGGGACGAGCGGGAGUGGAAGCUCAGCCGAAGGGUUGUUAGAGGGCCAGGAGCCGAGUUUCUUCAGCGUGGUGCUCGGGCCGCGGAGGGCAUUGAGAGUGGUGAAUGGGGCCGAGUAA